AUGAAGGCCACCACUGCUUCUGUCCUGUUGGCGUUGACCGCAGCCGUCAAUGCCCGUCCUACAGUCGACACGACAUACCCAUACAAGGGCCCUGCUGUUCCAGUCGGUGACUGGGUGGACUCCAGCGUGAACGGCAAUGGCAAGGGUUUCCCUCGUCUCGUCGAGCCUCCCGCGGUCAAGCCGGCCUGCGCCAACCCGACCAACAAUAUCAAUGUGAUCUCGCUGUCCUACCUGCCUCGCGGUGUGAACAUUCACUACCAAACACCGUUUGGCCUGGGUCGCGCUCCCGAGAUUAAAUGGGGCAAACAGCCUCACAAGCUCGAUAAGCGUGCCACAGGGACUUCGCAUACCUAUGACCGCACCCCUCCUUGCUCCCAGGUCUCGGCUAUCACCCAGUGCAGUCAAUUCUUCCACGAGGUUUCUCUUGAUCACCUCAAGGCUGGUACCACAUACUACUACCAGAUCACUGCAGCCAAUGGCACCACCGAGUCUGAAGUGAUGAGCUUCAAGACCGCCCAGAAGGCCGGUGACGACAAGUCGUUCAGUGUUGCCGUGCUGAACGAUAUGGGUUACACCAACGCCCAAGGUACCCACAAGUACCUUGUCCAGGCUGUCAAGGACGGCGCUGCCUUUGCCUGGCACGGCGGUGACCUCAGUUAUGCUGAUGACUGGUACUCUGGCAUUUUGCCAUGUGAGAAUGACUGGCCUGUCUGCUACAAUGGCACCGACACUGCUUUGCCCGGCAGUGGUCCCAUUCCCGAUGAGUACAAGAAGCCUCUUCCCCAGGGCGAGAUCCCCAACCAAGGUGGCGCUCAGGGUGGCGACAUGAGUGUUCUGUACGAGAGCAACUGGGAUCUCUGGCAACAGUGGGUAGGUGAUAUUACCACCAAGAUCCCCUACAUGGUCCUGCCUGGUAACCACGAGGCUGCUUGUGCCGAGUUUGACGGUCCUGGCAAUGUCCUCACUUCUUAUCUCAACGAGAACGAGCCCAACACAACCACCGCCAAGAGUGCUUUGACAUACUACAGCUGCCCUCCCUCUCAACGUAACUUCACUGCCUACCAGCACCGUUUCCGCAUGCCUGGCCAGGAGACUGGUGGCGUCGGCAACUUCUGGUACUCCUUCGACUAUGGUCUCGCUCACUUCGUCUCCAUCAACAGUGAGACUGACUUCGCCAAGAGCCCCGAGAAGUCCUUUGCUGAGGAAAUCAAGGGCAAUGAGACACACCCCACUCAGUCGGAAACUUACAUCACCGACAGUGGUCCCUUCGGCGAAGUUGAGGGCAAUGUCAAUGACACCAAGGCCUACGAGCAAUAUCAAUGGUUGAAGGACGAUCUCGAGAGUGUCAACCGUAAGAAGACCCCGUGGGUCAUCGUCAUGGGUCACCGUCCCAUGUACAGCUCUGGCUCUGCGAGCUACCAGAAAAACCUGCGUGAUGCGUUUGAGUCUCUGAUGCUGGAGAAUGGUGUUGAUGCUUACAUUUCUGGCCACAUUCACUGGUACGAGCGACUCUUCCCUCUCGGCACCAACGGUACCAUCGAUACUGCUUCGGUGGUCAACAACAACACCUUCUACACCAACGCCGGAAAGUCAAUGACCCAUCUGAUCAAUGGCGCUGCCGGUAACCUGGAGAGCCACAGUGAGCUCAGCAAGGGUCAGCACGUGCAGAACAUCACCGCUGUGCUGAACACCCAGGAUUAUGGCUACAGCAAGCUUACCGUUGUCAACGCCACUGCCCUGACUUGGGAGUACAUCAUUGGCAGUGAUGGCUCCGUUCGUGAUUCGCUCACUUUGCUGAAGCCAACUGAGAAGAAGUGCGAUUAA